UAUUUAGUAAUACAUAAAUAUAAUAGUCGAGGCUAGAAAUGAAAUCAGUUUAUUGUGAUCUGUUAUCGAAAAUGGGUGGUACAAUAAAGACGUCGGAGUUUCUCGUACAGUCCGUAGCGACUUUGUGCAUAUCAUUCCUGGCAUGUCAGACCGGGUAUGUAUUCGCCUGGCCGUCGUACACAGUUGCCAACUUCACGUCAAAUUCUACAGUCCUGUCCCGGCCUAUGACGUCACUUGAGAUAUCUCUGCUCGGCGGACUGCCCAAUGUGGGUGGGCUUUUAGCGAGCCCCUUCUGCAGUGUGGCCUUUAACAAGUUUGGGAGGAAGUAUGCCACUAUGUUCUUUGGAUUGCCGUAUGUGAUCGCGUGGACCAUGAUAUCUCUCACCAAUGAUGUCACCCUGGUACUCAUUGCUAUGGCGAUAGCUGGUGUGGGGGUUGCUGGUCAAAAUGUGUCCCUGAUUUACAUCUCCGAGAUAUCCAAUGACGCUAUACGUGGAGGUCUGACUGCCUUCUCAGCAUCAGGGUACUAUCUUGGUAUCCUGGUAUCUUACAUCAUUGGUGGGCAGUUGACGUACCUCCAAGGCGUAUACACACAUUUGACUCUGUCCGUAAUUUGUAUCGCAUUGCUGAUGUUUCUCCACGAGAGUCCUGUUUUCCUGGUUAUGGUGGGCAAAGAGAAGGAAGCGGCUAAGUCCAUAGCAUUCUACAGAAGAAUGAAGAUAGGUUCGAAGGAAAUUGAAGCUGAGAUUUCGAAGAUAAGACUGCAAACUGAUCCUAGAUUGGAGAAGAUGAUUCAAGGAGGUGUAGAUCUAGAGGAAGCAAAGAAUCUACUUAAAAACAAAAAAGAAACACCAAAUGAGUCUGCGUGGAAGUUAUUUAAGAAGUCAGAAUCAUCAAAGCGAGCGCUAGGCACAGUCCUGUUAAUAAUGACGAUGACGAUUAUGAUGGGUUGCGUGGUGCUGCAAGUCUACGCUGAACCGCUGUUCAAAGAGGCAGUGCCUUCGAUGCCAGCUAACCAGUGCGCCAUAUUCCUUGCAAUAGACUUUUUAGUAGCAAGUUUGAUUUGCGUGCUGUUUAUUGAUAAGUUUGGGAGGAAGACGCUGCUAACAGUGACGUCAGCGGGAUCGGGCGUGUGCACACUACUCCUCGGCUCGCAGCUGCAGCUCCACUGGGCGCCGCACUGGUUCACAGCACUACUCAUUUAUGUAUACAGCUUUAUAUAUAGUGUUGGAUGCGCUGUCAUCCCAUUCGUGUUGGCUGCUGAAGUAUUUCUUCCAGAGGUCCGGAGCUUCUGCAACAGCAUCACGAUGGCGUUCGUCUGGAUUGCCACGUUCACAACUGUGUUCAUCUUCAACCCGCUGGUGGACGCCCUGGGCCUCGGUCCAGUGUUCUACUUCUUCUCAGCUGUGUGCUUCAUCGGAGCCUUCUUCAGCAAGUUCUUCGUGCCGGAGACUAGAGGGCUGCCCGUGGAUGCUAUACAACUGCUGUUUUUGAAGAAGAAAUGAAUAUUAUUUAUAGUUAUUGAUAGAUUGUUUUGACAGCGUGUGUAUGAAAUAAAUGUAAUGAAAAUAAAGUAAAGCCGAUGGUACUCAAAUCAA